CAAACAUAUUGGAUAUGUUGCUAGAUUGACCUGCUAUGAGAAGAAUAUAUGGGUAUAAGUUAAAGUGUCAAUAUUAUUCUCAUGCGACCAUUAGUAUAACUAUCCUUCGACUUGAAGUCAUUACGAUCUCUGAUAAGCUGAGUUGCAUACUUUGAAGCAUGAUUUAUGCCACCUGAAAUAUUGGUGGAUGUACAGUUAUGUUUUGGCGAUCGAGAACUUUCUUCUCCGGCGGUUACGCCGGGAUCUGCAAAAGCUGUGCAUGCUAGAGGUCUUAACAGGCUGUUCUCAGAUGUUGUUGCAAAGGGCUCGAAUGCAAAGCCUUUUGAAGGAAGGAUUACGGGGUAUCAGAAGGGGGUCCCGUCCGUCUCCUUCACGAAGAAUGAUAUUGCAGAUUUAUCAGAGCGUUUCAAGCAUGCACUUGUGGCAACGUUCCAAUCUCGGCCAUCCUAUGCCUCCAUGCAAGCUUUCAUGCAGAAACUUGGUCUACUUGGUGAUUUUGACAUAACUAUAAUGCCCCAGCUUGCACGUUGUUGUGUUGAAGUUGAUGUUUCUAAUCUGCCUCCAGAGAGAAUCCAUGUUCAGCAUGGGGAAGAAGCUUUCACUGUUCAUUUUUAUUAUGAAAAGGUGCCUCCAUAUUGUGUGGAUUGUGGUAGCAUUGGACAUCUUAGGGAGAGAUGUCCCUUGACAAAAGUAACUCAGCAAGAGGGGAAUGGAUCUCAACCUCAUGGGGUCCAAGCUCAUGGGAUGCAUCAGGAUAAUGCAUGGCAAGUGGUUUCACGUAAAUGGAAAGCUAAAAACCCUCUUAGGGUUUGGAAAGAAAAGGAACGUCCAAAACCCAUGCACUUAGUGCCUUGGUCUGAAGGUCCUGGUGAAUCAUCUAAUGGGGAUGACCAACAUAAAGUAAGCAUGGAAUCUAGAAGUCAUGGCUCCUCUGAAAUGCGAGCCCCACCCCCUGACUCGGUCAAUCUGGUUAAGGAUGGAACUUUUACUAUCUCAGAUCCUAAUCUUUUGUCUUCCUUCACUAUGACAAGUCUACAUGAUGUUCUCCUUUCUCAGUAUAUGCCCUUGGAUUAUAGCAAUGAUCGUUUGGCUAUUGUUUCUUAUGAGGAUUGAUCUGAAACAAUCCCUGAAGAUGCUGAUCCAGAGGUGGGAUUUUUAACAGAUGGAAGGGAGAUUGAUGAAACCGAUAGAUCUUUAAAUGAAUUUCCUCUUUUGCAUGAUGCUUUAACUCCUAUAGUAGCCUCAAAUUCUAAGGCUUCUAAGGCUUCUAAGACAAAGGUUCGUAAUCAUGUAAUGGUCACCAGGAGGAUGGCUUCAAAUAGAUUGUAACACCCUAAUCCGUCCAGGCCUGCAGCCCCAUUCGGACUAAAGUAUUUAACUUGGU